AUGAUGUCCAUGCGAGCAAUUGCGCGAUCUGCGCCCCGUGGCAUCGCCCGCAUCAGCUCCACUGCCCUCAGACAACCCACAAUCGCUCGCUCGAGUCUGGUCAAGUCGACUCCGUGGGCACCUCUUCGCUCAACACAAUUCACAUCGGCCUUUUCGACGACUCUUUACAGGAGGGCACCCGCCGGCGAGGUCGAUGAGGAGCUUUCGGCCAAGCUGGACAGCGAGCUUUCGUAUGAGAACGAGCUCAAGGACAGCGAACCCACUCCCGCCAGCGUCAAGGACUUCUUGGAGAACAGCCCAUUUGAGCUCAUCGACACAGCCGGCAAGCAGGAUGUCAUCCUGAAGCGCAAGUUUGGCAAUGAGACCAUCACCGUCUCCUUCUCCAUCUCUGACCUUACCAACUACGAGCCCGACCUGUACAACGAGGAUGAUGCCAUGACCGAUGAGCAGUUUGAGAACCCCGAGUCGCAGCGCGCCGCUGAGGAGGAGGCCGAGGACCCCACGGGUGAGGACACCGAUGCUGCUCCCCCGUGCCGCCUCAACAUCGUCGUUGAGAAGGACGGCAAGGGCGCUCUCAACAUUGAGGCGCUCGCCCAGGACGGCCAGAUCAUGGUUGAGAACUUCUACUACUACGACAACGCCAAGUUCGCCCACAGCGAGAACGCCGAGGUUACCCACCAGGCCCAGGACGCCUUCCCUGGCCCUCCCUUUGGCACCCUCGAUGAGGACCUCCAGAUCCUGCUGGAGCGCUACCUCGAGGAGCGCGGCGUCACCCAGGCCCUCGCUGUCUUUGUGCCCGACUACAUGGACCUGAAGGAGCAGAAGGAGUACCAGGCUUGGUUGAAGAACGUCAAGGCCUUUAUUGAUGCUUAA